GUCUAUCCCGAUUUGCAGUCAAACAUGCGCAAGCACUCAGGCGGACUGAGUAUUGCGAUGAACUUUUCCGGUUCUGACGUGUCAAAAGAGGCAGCGAAAAUGAUUUUGUUGGUUUACUUCUACUCUCAAGGGAAGACAGAUCUUCGUUAACGUCAAGCGAUCGAUCCAAUACUUGUUAGAUACACUGUUACCCACAGUACUCCAGGAGUUCUUCCCCAGAUACUAUUUAUGUCUUCUUCUCACCUCUGUAGUACUUCGGUUUGCCAGCCUCCAGGCUAAAUGUUACCCGGACUUUUGGUUCCUCAGUGCCGACCGUUGUUGACAACUUCCAUCACCAUCAUCCCUUCCAUCUGUAUCAUGACUCGUUCACAAUCCCAUUAAUUUGGUUUCUCCCGUCCCACAAAGAUCGUAUAUUUCUUCAGUACAUUGGCUUCGCCUCUGACAUCAACACCACUCUUCUGUUAAACAGCCAGCAGUCAUAAUCUCAAUCUCUCGACGUCAUGGAAAACCUCGAUCUCAUUCCCUCGCCCCCGAAAACCCCACGGUUGGCUGAGGGGACAGACUUUCAAAUCCCACCUCUCGAUGGAUCGUUGACUCUGCCUCAGAUAUACGAUUGGCAACUUCACAACUCACCAAACCAUCGUUUAUUUGUGUUCAGUGAUAGUAACGGGGCAGUGAGGAACAUCACCUGGAAGGAGGCCAUUGCUGCCAUCUACACUGGUGCUCGCUCCCUUCGUUCUCGAAUUCAAAACGUCGUAGCGACAAAACACCGUGUUCCUGUUGUUGCGAUUCUCUCCAGCGCAGAUGCUAUCACUUAUUUUACGACGCUCAUGUGCGUUUUGAGGGCCGACUGCAUUGUCUUCCCAAUCUCUCCAAGAAAUUCGGCUGCUGCCGUUGCCCAUUUGCUCGGGAAAGUGGGGGUCGAUCAUGUUCUGGUUGGGCGCGAGGCCGCCAUGCAGGACCUGAUCGUGGAGUCACUGGCGAAAUUGAAGGAAACAUCCCCCUCUCAACCCUCCCCAACUUAUUCUCCGACGUUCAUCUUUGACGAAAUCUUCCUUCCGUCUUUUGAGGAGGCACUCGUUCUCAAACCUGAUGAGCUUCCACUCACCACACAAUCUAACGAUCCUGUGUUAUAUCUUCACUCGUCUGGAUCGACCGCACUUCCAAAGCCAAUUCCGUUUACCAACAAAAAGAUGAUCCAAAUCGGGCAAAUCCCAUGGUUCGGCGAACAAGAUUGGACAGGCAAAGUCUUAUCCGUUCAUGUUAUGCCAAUGUACCACGGAAUGGGUGUUUCACAACUGGCUUGGGCCGCGACUGCGGGGCUUGUUGUCGCUGGAUUCGAGCCCAAGGUGCCCUCCAUCCUACCGACUCCGGACAAUUUGUUCGAGGGAGCCCGAUCGACAUCUUCCGAUAUUAUACUUUGCGUACCUUCUUUCUUAGAGGCAUGGGCGCGCCGUCCUGAUUAUGUCUCGUGGCUGGCAAGCCGUUCUGGAGUGAUCUAUGGUGGAGGUCCUCUCAACCGUGAGGCCGGGGACUAUAUGACGCGUCAAGGCGUAUCCAUUUUCAUUCUCUACGGAAUGUCCGAAGUUGGUAUACUCAGCCCAAUGCUUCCAGCAAGAACGGAGGGAAAUUACGACUGGAGCUAUUUCCGUUUCACGGACUGGACGAAAAAUCAUUGGAAACCUCAUGGGGAUGACCUUUACGAGUUGAUAAUUGUGGAUCAUCCGUAUUGCACUCCUAGUAUCAUCAAUACACAGGUCGAUGGGAUCCCAGCGUACGCAACGUCCGACCUUUUCAUACCCCACCCCACCAAGUCCGGAUACUGGCGAAUUCAUGGUCGUGUAGAUGACCAAAUUGUCCAUACUACUGGAGAAAAGACGAAUCCCGGUCCUCUUGAGAACCUCCUGAAUCAGGACCCCCAUGUUGCAACUGCAGUCAUGUUCGGACACGGACGGUUCAACGCUGGGGUCUUGAUUGAGCCCAAACCAGCCUUCCGUUUCGACCCUGCUGACGAAAAGAAGCUGGAAGAAUUCCGGAAUGCUGUUUGGCCCAGUAUCGAGCGAAUGAACGAAUUUGCCCCUCAACAUUCGCGACUUUUCAAAGAAAUGAUCCUAGUCGGGUCACCUUCGAAGCCUUUUACAUACACAGCGAAGAACACAGCGAGGCGUCAAGCUAUCAUUCGCGAUUACGAUGAAGAGAUCUCGAAGAUAUACGAAAUCGUCAGCGAGACGACACAGUCCGAAAUCUCACCUCCGACAUCGUGGAACCUGGGAUCUACGACGUCUUUCGUCCGUGCAGUCGUCGCCAGUGUUUUGACUCACGCGGUGAAGGACGAAGAUGAUCUAUUCCAGCACGGGUGUGAUAGUCUUCAAGCAACAUGGAUCCGUAACUCUGUCCUACGCGCUCUGAAGGAUGCUGCGGGACUAGACAGUCGUCUUAUCACGAACAACUUCGUUUAUGAACAUCCCACUAUCAAUCGUCUCUCCAUGUUUGUCUUCUCCCUCGCAGUCGGUGGGAUGGCUCCCGCGCCACUGGACGAUGAGGCGAAGAAGCUCGUUAUGCAUGAACUCCUCGAGCGGUACUCGAGGGAUUUCCCUGCAUCUCGUCCUGGGAAUGCGGCAAGGGUUCACGGCUCGGAGAAGGUCGUCUUGCUCACCGGUAGCACUGGGUCUUUGGGAAGUUACGUCCUGCACAGUCUGAUUAAAGAUCCGGCUGUCAAACACGUCUAUGUUCUCAACCGGAGUCAUAAAGAACAGGAUACCGUCGCUAGGUUGAGAAAGUCGUUUGAGCAACGCGGUUUGGAUGCUAGCGAGCUUGUGGAUGAUAAAGUGACCGUUUUGGAGGCUGAUUUGUCUGAUGAAAAGGCUCUUGGGUUGGAGGAUACGGAAUUUAGGACGAUUCAAGAUACAGUUACUCAUAUCGUUGAUGUUGCAUGGCGGGUCGAUUUCAACCUUAACGUCAUCUCCUUCCGCACUAAUCUCAAGAGCAUGCGGAACCUGGUGGAUAUUGCCAUCCGACAAGGUGCACACUACACAUUCGCUAGUACUCUCUCUGUUUGUCGGAAUUCCUCAGAACCAAGUGCACGCGAGGAGCUGAUGCCCCCUGAGGCGUCCCUAGGGAACGGAUAUAGCGAAUCCAAAUGGGUCGCUGAACACAUUAUUGCACGCGCCACGUCUUCAACUGGCCUUCGAGCGUCGAUCAUUCGCGUCGGUCAGCUAUCGGGUGGGUUGAAUGGAUCUUGGAUGACCAAAGAAUGGUUGCCGUCUCUUAUACAUGCGUCGGCUCUCAUGAAAUGUAUUCCAGAUGAUGAUAGGGUCGUCUCAUGGAUCCCACUUCAUGUCGCAGGGAAAGCAGUCGUCGACCUGCUUGGCAGCAGCGCUCCUCCCCCAGGCGAUAGUGACAACCUCGCAAUAUUCCACCUCAUCCACCCAAAACCAGUACCGUGGACAACCCUAGCACGUUCCUUCAGUCAAAAACUGGGCGCAUCAUUGGUACCAUACCCCGAAUGGCUCCGUUCGCUAGAGGAAUCCUCUACACGACCAGGUUCUGAAUCCUUAAACGCAGUCACCAUUCUCGAUUUCUAUAAAUCCGUCUCGAAGAAAACGGACCUGAAGGAAGGCUGCGAAGCAUUCGGGAUGCCUAUUUUGGAUGUAGAGCGUACUGUCAAGGCUUCUGGUGUAUUGGGUGAUGAGAGGUUGGCUCAGCUUGGAGAGAAGGAUGCUUCGCAGUGGUUGGGGUAUUGGAGGAGUGUGGGGCUGGUUCUGUGA